AUGACUGCUACACCACCACGCUACGUCGACUGGGUUUCUGGAUGGAUAGAAACUUGCAACCACCUCCAUGGAGACAAGUGUAUGCCAAGUCCCCUCUCUGAGCGACCACCAGAAGACGUUCCUCGCUGGCUCAUGGACACCCAUCAGCAGUGCAUCGUCCCUGGUAUUUCCGCACAUUGGUAUCUUGCACUUAGCUAUGUCUGGCCCGAGACUCGGGAGAAUUCUGAAUCUGUAUCUUCAAAGGCACAUAGCUUGCUACUCGACAAUGCCAGUUUGGAAGAAUUCCAACGUCCCGGGUUCCUGAGUAGUGACGAUAUCAUCAAGCGUAUCCCGAUGGUAAUCAUACAUGCUGCAGAGUUCACUCGACGUUUGGGAGAAAGGUAUUUAUGGGUUGACAGACUUUGUAUCGUGCAGAAUGAUUCUGGGGAUGGAGGGACCUUAAGUCAGGUUGCGAAGAUGGAUAAAAUAUACUCUGGAGCUUAUCUUACAAUCAUUGCUGCUGCGCCGGAGGAGAUGUAUGAGGAGAUUUUGGCUUUGGAGUGGCCUUCUUUUGAUGAAUCGAGGGGUUGGAUGGGUUCGUACAAGACCGUUCCGGCCUUUUCGAUGUCGGAUGAUGGCGGGAGUGAAGCGUCUCCUAAAUCUCGCUCUAUUGGGUCCGACGCCUCUUCUUUCGACUCUUCUGUCGACUCCGCAUAUCUGGAUAGGAUGAUCAUCGAGGCGAUGCGUAACAGGUACUCCAUGCUUUCGAGAUCUAGAUGGGCGUCACGAGGAUGGACAUACCAAGAGCAGAUUCUCUGUAAGCGAGCAGUGAUUUUCAUGGAAGAAGGGUACUUUUGGGACUGCCAGUGCUCUGUUUGGGAUGGCGAUGCACUUCAUCCGGGAUUGGAGUUUGGGGGCAUCCCGUUGCGUGCUGAUAUGGGGCAGAGAUUUGUCUCUCGAUGGUGGCCGGACUUUGGCUUUUACAUUGAUCUCGUUUGCCCUUAUAAUGAGCGGGAGUUUAGUUACCCUCAAGAUGCUUUGAGAGGAUUUAUGGGGAUCAUAAGUGCGCUGGAGAAUUCUUUUCCAGGCGGAUUUGUAUGUGGGUUGCCUCGCCUGUUUCUUGAUCAUGCGCUUCUGUGGCAACCUUUUGGGAUUGCAGAUCGUCGUGUGGAUCAUGUUGAUGAUGGGACUGCCACUUCCAGCUUACCUUCGUGGUCAUGGUGUGGUUGGCAAGGUUAUGUCGAUCCUUGGAGUCUUCGAUCUGGGUUGUCUUAUGUUCGCGAGGAUGGGUAUCGAUAUAGAGCUGGUAGUUGGCGCACGAGGAAUUUAGUCCAAUGGCACCUUUCGACAAAAGAUUCAAUACCAGAGCCGAUUCUCGAGCCUGUAGCUUUAGAUCAGUAUGUCGAUACAACUGGAGAUGUUAAGCAUCAGCUACCAGAUGGAUGGUCUCACCACAAUGAUUCGAGUCUAGCUUCUACCACUCAUGAUAUCUCGAAUGCCAGCAAAGUAUUUACUCACGAGAACGGAGAAGAUACUCACUUCAGACAUCCGAUUCCGCUUACAACUGAGCCACUGAAAAGUAACUUCCCAUCCACCCCAACAUAUCUAACAUGCACCACCACAACCGCAUUCUUCUUACCCGCCAGCAUCUUAUCAUGUACCGGCGGAGCAACCGACGUCGAAAAAAGCCCAUCCCACAUAUCAGUCUUCGAAGACGAGAUAUUCAACCACGGUCCUUCUUUCGACAAAGCCUGUCCAAUCCUGGUUCUACAGCAACCAAACGAACUAAUUGCCAUCUCGACCGGCAGCGCCACAGCUCUCGACUUCCGCUACUCGCUCGAAUGGAGGAUCUUCGAAACAGGCCUGCAUAGAUAUCGAGCUGGGAAUUUGAUCAAGAUGAUUCAUUGCCCGUUUGAAUGGAUAAGUGAGAAUGGGAAACGUGCUUUGUUGUGUGACAUCGCUAUGGUUUUCGAUGGCAAGAAGGAAGCAAGUGAGAAAGAAACGCAGGAUAUGCUUGCGGAAAUAGAGCAACGUGCCGAUAAGGAAAUUGCCGAUUGGCUUGCAAGGUUUCCUGAGCACGAGCUGGAUGAGCAGUGGCGUUUGAGGGACUGGUCGGAUGCGAGACGAGAGUAUUUUGAGGAGCGUGGAGACAGGCAUGGGGAGGAGGGAUUGGUUUGUGAGUUUUAUAAUGUGCUUUGGGUUGAGUGGAAAGAUGGGAUUGCGUAUCGCCGGGCGUGUGGGUGGGUGCCGAAGUGUGUUUGGGAGGCGAAUGCGAAAGGGCCUGUGAUUGUGAAGAUGGGUUGA